ACUUUCUUCAACCUCCCAUUUAAUUUCAAUUGACCAUCUUUCUACUCGCAUCUCGAACAAACCCUACAAAAGAACCAACUCGGCCUUCCUCCAAAUCUCUAAACGAAGUUCAUCACAGUUCUUAUCUUCAGUCUCUAUAUUUACACAAAAAUACUGGUACUAUCAGCAGAUAUGGGUGCAGAAACACAAGCAAAGACUAAGAUACCCAUUGUCUUGGGUGCAAUGACAUUUGGGAAGCCUGGUGUCAUGCAAACUCGAGUCCAUGAUCUUAAAGAUGUCUCUUCAAUGAUCGAACUCUUUCAGUCACAUGGUCAUAAUGAAAUAGACACUGCCCGCGUCUACGGCAUGGGUUCAUCAGAAGAAUAUCUGGGACAACUCCAACCCUCAUACACUGACCGUGGUAUCAUUAUGGCUACCAAACUGUAUCCUAACAAUAUGACUGGUUCCAAGAUUACGCAUUCGGCGGAUGAUCUCAGACUUCACUUGGACAAAAGCUUGAAAGCUUUAGGUGUUGAAAAGGUCGAUCUUUUUUAUCUACAUGGACCAGAUAGAAGUGUUUCUUACGAGGAAACAUUUGCCAUGUGCGAUGUUUUGUACAAGGAAGGAAAAUUCAACAGGUUGGGUGUUAGUAAUUACAUGUCUUGGGAGAUUGCACACAUUCAAGAAAUUUGCAUCAAAAACAAUUGGAUCCGUCCCUCAGUAUACCAAGGUGUAUAUAAUGCCAUUCAGCGCUCCAUCGAACCAGAGCUCCUUCCCUGUCUUCACAAAUACAACAUGUCUUUCUACGCCUUCAACCCUAUCGCCGGCGGCUACCUCACUUCACGCUACCAUCGCAAUCAGGAAUCCGUCGAAGCAACUUCUCGUUUCGAUGAUUCGCAUCUGCAAGGUCAAAUGUAUAGGAAGAGAUACUGGAAUGAUACCAUGUUUGACGCCUUGGACAUCAUCAGAGAAGCAGCGAAAAAGGAGGGGUUAACCGAGAGCGAAUGUGCAUUGAGAUGGUUGGUGCAUCAUAGUGGGCUUGAGACGGAGAGAGGGGAUAAAAUUAUUAUUGGAGCGAGCAGCGAAGAACAUUUGGUAGAAAAUUUGGUGGAUCUGGAAAAGGAACCAUUGUCGAAGGAGAUUCUGGAAGCGUUGGAUAAGGCGUGGGCUAAGACGAAAGCGGUAGCUAGUGCCUAUUUUCAUUAAGCUUGGGGUACCUACCUAGUUGAAGUGCGGGGAAUUUCAGAUAUUGGGGAUACUACAGAAAACCUUGAAGGGUUUGGAGAUAUUUCUUGAUAUAUCAGCUUUUAUAUGUAUUUUAGAUAUUGUUACGAUUAUUUGUUUGAGAUGUGACAAUUAAAUUAUAACUUCUCAUAUCAAACAAUCGAAGAAUGAACUUGUUAUAAAAUUCGAUAGUUGGGAAGUAUUCCGUCAAUCCAUACAUCCACUCACUGGUGGGCUUGUGGUGAGACAUGAGUACGUGGAUAGAUUAAAGAGGGGGGGAGGUCACUAUGAUCCAAUGGUUGCUCUAGAGAAAUUGGGAAAGCUUGCCAGUACAACUUUAAGACUUUUUGAGACUAUUUAGAUAAGGUACAUUUAAAAAUUGAAUGAAAUUAUGUUUCUCUAUAUACUCAAUAUAACGCCUUGUAAUUCCAUCAUCCAUCCAAAACCACGCCAUAGUAUACCAACCAAAAUUCCCAAUCAUGAUCAUCACAUUCAUGGAACCCUCCUUUUCCAUCCCAGUGCCCCCUCCAAUCCCUCCAAUCUAAAACUUCGUCUCCUUCACCCAAAUACAAUUCUCCGCCUGUAAAUCCUUCACCACGAUAGUCCCA